GAAGGUAGAGGAGCCAGUGACAUUGACUCGAGGACCGACCCGGGAGGAAAAAGAAUUUGGGAUCACCUUCAGGAGCUGUGUGCCUUUCAUGGCAUGUGUGGCUGAAGUUUACUCAGUGACCCUAAUAUUAUUCAUCACAUGGAUGUUAUUGAAGGCAGAAAUAGAUGUUUGCAAGAAGGGAAAUGUAACUGUGAGUCCUGCCCGGACAAUAUUGUUGGGAUCCACGGUCAAUAUUUCAUGCUUUUUGAAGCCCGAACAAGGCUGUUCACACACUUCAGAUUUCCAAAAGUUAACCUUCUACCAGAAUCGUAUUCGGGUUAACUCCCUGAAGAGCCACUCUCUCAGCAUCCAGGUCUCCAAUCUCCACCUCGGAACAACGGUGUUUGUAUGCAAGGUCUCCUGUGGCAGCUGGAUGGAAAGUCAAGUGUGCGGGGCUGAUGUCUCUGUUGGCAUCACUCCAGAACAGCCCCAAAACCUCUCCUGUAGCCAACUUGGAGAGCAUGGGAAUGUGAUCUGCACCUGGGACAAAGGAAGAGAUACCCACCUGUACACCGUGCACACCCUGCAGUUGACAGGGCCAAACAAUUUAAAUUUGGAGAAACAAUGUGCUUUGUAUCAUGAUGACUUGGAUCUUGGAAUAAGUCUGAGCCCAGCUUCUCCCGAAGCCACUUACACAGUUAAAGUUGUUGCUGCCAACAGCCUGGGCAAUUCUUCUUCUUUCCCGUUGGUGUUCUCCUUCCUGGACAUAGUGAAGCCUCUUCCUCCGAGCGACGUCAGAACUGACUUUCCCAAUUUGUCGGCCAACUUCUGUACCUUGCAGUGGCAAGAUCAAGGGCCGGUGGUGUUGAAUCGUCUCCGAUUCCGGCCAGUCCUAGGGAGUGCCUGGGAAAUGGUUCAUGCUGCUAAUGCCGGAGGAAGAUAUGAUUUGUACAACCUGAAGCCAUUUACCGAGUAUGAAUUUCAGAUUUCCUCUAAGCUGCAUUCUGUCAAAGGAAGAUGGAGCGAUUGGAGUAAAUUACUGAGGACUCGGACUCCAAAAGAAGCAGAACCAGGUGGGACGUUGGACGUGUGGUACACGACGUAUGACUUGGGAGACGGCCUACAAACUCUCUCUGUGUUUUGGAAGAAUCCAGGUGUGUCUGAAGCAAGGGGGAACAUCCCCAGGUAUCGGGUGACCGUCCAGGAGUGUCUGGCAGUGGCCCAGAGCUGCUCAGCCACGCUGCCUACCCUGGAGAACUGCACCGCGCACACUCACUUUGUUGGCAUUGUGCCCCAGAAGGACUACGCCGUAACUGUUUCUGCAGUUCCCUCAGAUGGAAGCUUCUUUCCCACUCGGACCUUCAUCCUCCGUCAGCCCCACAAAGCUCCUCAGAACAUCUUCGCUAAAUCUCAGGGGACAGACGGCAUCAAGAUGACCUGGGAGCCUCCUGGUAAAGAUGCUGCCUCUGUCAAGGAAUAUUUGGUAGAAUGGAGAGAGCUCAGCACAGGCAGCAGCCACUCUGCCCCUAUCGACUGGCUCAGACUUCCCACCAGCAACACGUCGGCAGUGAUAUCAGAACACGUAAAACCCUACCUGUGCUAUGAGAUCCGCCUGUGUGCCCUGUGGGAGAAGGGAGUCGGGUGCGCCAGUACCUGGGCUGACCUGACCAGUAAAAAACCAGUGACUGGCCCCCACGUCCAUAGCGCCACUGGGGGAGAAGGAACAGCUUCCGUUACCUGGGACGAAAUUCCUGCCCAAGAACAAAUGGGCUGCCUCCUUUAUUACAGGAUAUACCUGCAGGAGCGGCACUCCCAGUCUGCAGCUCGCAUCUUGGAAAUUCCUUAUGAAGCAGCAAACACUUCGAGUCUGAUCAGAGGCCUCCGGUCCAGAGUCACUUACAUGUUGUGGAUGACAGCCUCGACGGCAGCAGGAGAGGGCCCCCCCGGAAAUGAGAGGGAGCUUUUCCUGGAAGAUGCUCCGAAUUGGACUGUUUUCGUGGUGCUGAUUGUGGUGGUCUUCGUGACGGUGGCGAUUCUGGCCGUGCCUCGCAUUCGAGCAAAAGUGAUGUCCAUCAUCUCUGCCCUACAACCCCAGUGGUUUAAUGAAGAGAUUCCAGACCCGGCAAACAGCUUAUGGGCCAAGAAAUAUUCCAUCAUGGAGGAUGAAAUGCAGCUCCAUUUUGAUAGUCUCUCAAGCAAAUGGACCAGUUCUGAAGAACCUGAAACUCUUGAAAUCAAAGAAGUAAUCCAAAAAGCAGCCCCUGCCCUUCGGGAGACACAUCCCUCUCAUUGGCCAAGAAACCAAGAGUUCCCUGAGCCAAACAGAGAAGGCUGGAUUCUGGCUCCAAAAUCCCCCGACACUGGAGCAGAGUACAGCAUCUCCCACCCCUCAACACCAGGAUCACGCCGGGCUGAGGAAGGACAAGUGGCUGAUCUGUACAGGGCCAUGGGAUCUGGGGGCCCAAAGGCAGAAGACCCAGCCAAACACCUUAGGGACAUCCCCGUGGACUACCUGCCUGCCAGCCUGGACUACCUGCCUGCUGUGGCUGCGGACGACGCCCUAGAAGGGAGUGAGCUGCAAGGUCUCCCGUUCUCCAUCUUCCCGAAGGGCUCGUUUCACCCACUCAUCUGUGGAGAGAGGCUGACCCUGGAUAGAGUGAAGUUUGACUCUGGGCCCGUUGCUCACUAACUGGCCACACUCCAAGGGCUUUCCCGGAUGCUGCCAUUGUAAUUUCCAUCCCAUGACCUGGUUAGCUUGAACAGAGCAGAAGUUUGUCCCUCUCUCCCAGAAGGACUGUCCCACACCCACACCAAAGCAGGGGCUUUUCCCCACCUGGGUACCAGCCAGCCAGCUCAAGUAGUCAAGGAGUCAGUCACGUUUACCUUCAGAGGUUGCAUCCCAUUCUGAUUUUUUACUAGAAUGUAAGCCUCUUGAGGGCAGGGACAUUGCUCAUUUUUGUGCCCAUAGCACCCUGAGACUUAAUAAGCAAAGAUUUUUCUGGCUUGACUUCUUUCACAAAAAGCUUUAGGAGAAACAACUAAAUCUACUUGGUUCUGGAAAUAACAGUUGUUCAUCCAUUGGGAGACUAGAAAAAAGAACUAUUUUAUAGGAAUGUAAUGAAUAAAUACUGCACUGAGCAUGGGGGAUAUGAAGAAUUCUGAGAAAUGGGGGCAGGUUUGGAGGAACUGCUGCAGAAUGAAGGGAGUGGUAACGUACCCAGUUACUAUCGUGCUGAAGAAAGAUGGACGAGAAGCUGAAUUCUGAGAAGUCCUAGAGAAGAGACAACAAUAUCCAUCUCCUCGCUCAGAGCAAAGAGGUGGGGGACUACAGGGAUGCAAUACUGUAUUUUCUGAAGAAGACAUUUUUGCUUAAUCCUUUUUCUUUGUUAUAAGGGAAAAGAAAGAUAAUUUGGAGAAGGGCAAUAUUUCAGGGGCUCAGGGGAAGGGAUUUUUUAAACGCUGGAUAAUUUUUUAAGUAAAAAAAUGUUACCCCACAUUCAUUUGGUGAAAAUCUUAGGGGCUUUAAAAUGUGUUUGCUUACUUGUCCCUGAAUCUGGUAUUCUGCUUCUUCUCCAGAAAGUUCACUCAAAGUGGAAAACUUUGUGGGGUUUUCCAGAAUUAGGCUGAGCCAGCUAAUGCCCUAGCUGUCACCCUCCAAAGAGGUAUUUUUGAAGCAAAGGUUUUGCUUUGAAAACCAGUUUGGUUGGGAGCAGAAGCCACUCCUUCCUGACUGUGUUCAUCCAAUUUAGACGCUGGCUAGAGAAUGCAUCUCAUCAGCCCCACCCAGCCUGAGAAUCCAAAAACAUCUUACCUCUCUAUAUCAGCUCACAGUUUACAAAGAACAGUGUCAUGGGGUCCCCACAACCUGAGUUCAAAUCUUACCUUAGACACUGACUAUGUGACCCUGGGCAAGUCUUUGAACCUUUCUGUACCUUAGUUUACUCAUCUGUAAAAUUAGGUGGUUGGAUUUGAUGGCCUUCUGACUCUAAGCCUUAAAUUGCUUUUUACUCCCCAAUUUUGUUUUUAAUCAUUGGGAUAGUUCUUUGUCUUCUUAUUCCCAAGCUU